GGAGUGGGUGUCUCUCUCUGUGAGAGCUUGCGACCGCAAUUAUGAUGAGGAAGGAGAGCAAUGCUCGCGAUCCCACUAUCCCAAACAGUAAAACUAGAGAACCCAUUUCCCAAUUUGCUGCUCUCGUCCUCCUCUUUUUCUCCUCUCUCACAAAAGCAAUAGCAACAUCUUCUCUCCCAAAGGCUCCUCCUCUUCCCAUUCUACCUCUACCCUCUGCGGCCCAGCUCUCAUGGCAACUGGGAGAAAUGGCUCUUUUCCUCCAUUUUGGGACUAACACCUUCACCGAUUCUGAAUGGGGCACCGGCCAAGCUGACCCUUCCAUCUUCAACCCCACCAGACUUGAUGCCGGCCAAUGGGUUCGAGUCGCGAAGAGCGCUGGCUUCUCCCGUGUGAUUCUCACUGCCAAGCACCAUGACGGCUUCUGCCUCUGGCCCUCCGCCUACACCGAUUAUUCUGUCCGUUCCACCCUUUGGAAAAAGGGCAACGGUGACGUUCUAGCUGAUUUAGCCGACGCUGCUAGGGAGGCUGGUAUCGGUUUGGGUGUCUACCUCUCUCCUUGGGAUCGUCAUGAGGCAUGCUAUGGCAGGACUUAUGAUUAUAAUGAGUUCUAUGUGGCCCAGAUGUCUGAAUUGCUCACAGGAUAUGGGGAGAUCAAGGAGGUAUGGUUGGAUGGUGCUAAAGGAGAAGGAGAAAAGGACAUGGAAUACUUCUUUGAUUCAUGGUUUGAUCUUAUUCAUCAACUGCAACCUAGGGCUGUUAUAUUCUCAGAUGCUGGUCCGGAUACCAGGUGGAUAGGGGAUGAAGCUGGUGUUGCUAGCUCCACUUGCUGGUCUCUCUUUAAUAGAAGCUCUGCCAAGAUUGGUGAUACGGAUCCCCAGUAUUCUCGUGGAGGAGACCCAUAUGGUCAUGAUUGGGUUCCUGCAGAGUGUGAUGUAUCUAUCAGGCCUGGUUGGUUUUGGCAUGCUUCAGAGCGCCCAAAGUCUGCAAUCACUUUGCUUGACAUAUAUUACAAAUCAGUGGGAAGAAACUGUCUCUUUUUACUGAAUGUACCCCCAAAUUCAUCAGGUCUGAUAUCGGACGAGGACAUUCAAGUGCUUGAAGAAUUCAACAAAAUUCGACAAACCAUAUUCUCCCAUAAUUUGGCCAAGAAUGCCAUUCUAACUGCUAGCAGCAAACGAGGAGGCAUUAGUGAUUCUCGGUUUGACCCACUCCAUGUCCUUGAAGAAGGCAUUUUCACUUACUGGGCACCUGAAGAGUAUCAAUCUGAUUGGGAAAUAAAUCUGGACUUUGGGGAAUCUUUAUCAUUUAAUGUGUUGCAAGUUCAAGAGCCCAUCCACAUGGGCCAGCGGAUCAUUGAGUUCCAUAUUGAUAUUCAUACUGAAGAAGAUGAAUGGAAGACAGUAGUAAGUGGCACAACUGUGGGAUAUCGAAGGGUGCUGCGGUUUCUCUCUGUAAAAUCACGGUAUUUAAGGAUUAUCAUUGACAAGUCCCGGGCAGACCCACUGAUUUCUUUUCUAGGGAUUUAUUUCGACCCAUUUUCCAUUGUGAAUGAUGCAUCUAGUACAAACUCAACGUCAUACUUCAAUGGCGCGGAAGUUAUUCGACCGACAGCUAACGACCAUUCUCUCAGUGUCAAGAUGUAGAUUUUGAAUUUGAAGACUCUCCAAAGACAUUUUAAUUUGGUUUUCGCUUAUUUUGGAAGCUAGAAACACUGAUGCAAUGAAGAGAUGGAAGCUCAAGUGAUCUUAUGUAAAUUAGUUGUAGUAUAUCAUUCC